AUACUACAGCGUGUGAUUAACUAGCUUAGCUGAUGUUAUGAGGUAUUGUUGCGCCAGCUGUGCUACCCUACAAUUUAUGUUUUUGGUGGCUCUGUCUUACAGGGAGUUACUGGGAGUUGCGCAUUCAGUGUUUCCCACAUAAAUAGAUAUAUUACCGAUGGUGCUUGCACACAUAUCCAGUAUGCUCCUUGUUAUAGACACCUAACCUUUCUGGAAAUAUUUUUUUCUGUGCCUGAAUGUGUACUUGUUUAAUAAUUUGCAUUGCUAAGGAAAUAGAGCCAAAUAUUCCCCAGUGUAUUAUAGACUAUAUCAACAGUGUUAAGUCAUGACUCAUUGACGUGAACAAAUUUUGGUAAAUUAAUUUAGAUUCAGUUGUAUUUGGUGUAGAGUGAAAGAAACAGCGGCCGCAUGUUUCGGAGAACGCGUAUGCGUGUCGGGGCUCUCUCGAAUUAGCACAGGAUGUUGCAGAAAUGAAGUGAGCCCAGAAAUAGGACUGAACUUCCCAGCGAGGGAAAAAUAUAAGAUGCCUAUAUUUUUAAAUGAGUGCCAGGCCUAACCCAGGAUGAUGUUUAGAACUUUGCCAGCCAGAACGCUCCUGUUCUUGGGGCUGUGUCUCACCGGGCGUCGAGGCUUGGCAUCGGCCCCUGAGCUAAAGGAACCUCCGAAGAGAAUAGCGGUGGUCGGGGGAGGCAUCGGGGGCACUGCUACGGCCUACUACCUGCGGCAGGAGUUCGGGACGGGGGUGAAGAUCGACCUGUUUGAGCCCGGGACCGUGGGAGGGCGCCUGGCCACGGAGGAGAUCGGGGGGGCCGAGUACGAGACGGGGGGGUCUGUCAUACACCCCCUCAACCUGCACAUGAAGCACUUUUUGGAAAAGCUGGGCCUGUCCCAGCGAAAGGAUGUCCCCUCCAAAAUGGCCAUUUUCGACGGCGAGCAGCUGAUCUUCGAGGAGAGCGACUGGUUCAUCGUCAACUUCCUGCGCAUACUCUGGCGAUACGGGUUUAACUUCCUGCGCAUGCAAAUGUGGGUGGAGGGCAUCUUGGACAAAUUCAUGAGGAUCUACCAGUAUCAGCAGUUUGGCUACUCCUUCUCCAGCGUCAAAUGCCUCCUGCAUGCAAUGGGCGGGGAUGACUUCCUCCUCCUGGCCAAUCAGACACUGGAGGAGGCCAUGCUGGGGGCGGGGUUCUCUCAGAGCUUCCUGAACGAGAUCGUGGUGCCCGUGGCCCGGGUCAACUACGGCCAGAGCGUCCGCAUCAACGGCUUCGUGGGGGCAGUGUCUCUGGCAGGGGCAGAUUCGGGCCUGUGGGCAGUGGACGGGGGUAAUAAGAGGAUUUGCUCUGGACUGCUGUACCACAGUAAGGCAGAGUUGAAACCAGCGCGGGUUACCGCCAUCUCCAGCAAACAGCGCCCCCUGAAAGCUGGGGGCGUGGCCUCUCUGUAUGAGGUCAGCUAUGUUGGGGAUUCUGGUUCCGCCCACUCCCUUUAUGACAUCGUGAUUGUUGCCGCACCCCUCCACCAGGGCCUCUCCGAGAUCGCCUUCCACGGCUUCAACCCGCCCAUCCCCUCCCACUUCUCUGGCCGAUAUCAGCAGACGGUGACCACUCUGGUGCACGGCCUCCUCAACACCUCCUUCCUGGGGGUCACCGACCCCCCCUCGGAGUUCCGGGUGUCCGAAGUCCUGACCAUGGAGCACAAGGACUCGGUCAUCCACAGCCUGAGCUCCAUCGACCCGGUCCAGAUCCCGGCCGGCUACUCCCGCCCUCCCGCCAGCCUCCCCAAAGUGUGGAAGAUCUUCUCGCCCCAGCCCCUGACCGAGGCACAGCUCUCCGGCAUCUUCCUGUCCCGAGACACCGUGCGGGAGAGGCGGUGGCUGGCGUACCCCUCGUACGGCCGGCCCCUCAGGAAGACGCCCCCGUUCGUCCUGCACGAGCGUCUGUACUACCUGGGCGCGGUGGAGUGGGCGGCCAGCGCCAUGGAGAUGAGCGCCAUCUCCGCCCGCAACGUGGUGCUGCUGGCGCACCACCGCUGGCACGGGCAGCAGGCCAGAAUCGACCAGGAGGACCUGCACGUGCGGCUCAGGAGCGAGCUUUAGGGAGCAGGGGCGGGGGGGCGGUGUGGGCUGGCCUGGUCGGGGGUCCUCAGAUUGGGCCACUGGUGGACCCCAAUGUGUAUGCAGGUUUUUGUUUCAAGCAUAAUUACAACAGGGUACUCAUGACUGGGUUUGAGAAGCCCACAUGCUGGGGUCUCAGGACUGGGAUUGAGAAGCCCGCACGCUGGGGUCUCAGGACUGGGUUUGAUUUGGAAUGCACUGUACGGUGGUGGCAUGCUUCUGCAGUCCUUCUCCUGUCUACUAUUUUUACAUUUUUUCAUUACAGUAAAUGUUGAUGUAACAAAGUGGGUAUUGUGAGGCUAACUGAUCAGGAUUUGGGUAAAUGGCGUAUUUGUCAGCCCUAGUGCCUUUAUUAUGAUAAACAACCCACAUUAUUCAACUAGAAUUAAUUGAGUGACAGAUGGGCAGGGUGAGAUCGUGGUUCAAUUAAGAGAUCAAUGUAAUAUUGAAAUGAUUGACAGCUAUCUUAAUCUGAAUGAUUAACUGUAAUUGAAUGGAAGGGUAAAAUGACUUAAAAAUUGGGAAGCUGCAUUUAAAUUAUGGUGUUGUAGACCUUUAAGCACUUGUGUUACGACCUGGUCUAGGGUCAGACUGCAACAGGGUGAAUGAUAAGGGAAAUGGGUAGGGAAACGUACUGCAAACCAGUCAGUAACUCUGGUCCUUAUCUGCCUAUCCAAAUCUAACUGGUUGCUGGUUAGUCUUUGAAGGUUGCUGGGCACAGGGUGGCUUUGGACGCUGAACUUCAGACAAUUAGCUGAUAGUCGGAAACUAAAAGGCAGAAUACCGUACCCCCUACGGAGCAUUAGAUCUCCACCCAGAAUAGCUUCAAAAACAAUAAAAGAAAAUGAACAAAGCAAAAUAACUUCCGUCCCGAUGGAAGGAUUUUCAGUCCAACUGGGAACACGCUAACUGACCGGAGCACUAAGCGGCGAGCGGAGGGCAAAAACGUGAGUCGAAGUCAAAACUUCAGAUUUCGCACAGUCAAACACAAAAUCCAGUCCGCAAAUAAAUCAGAGGGGCUAGGCGAGAAUCGGAAUUGAAUGCGAGAGCGAAAGGUCAGAAACAAAAUCACAGGGCAAACAAACUAGAAGGGCUAAUGCAAGAGUCCAAGGAAAUGAGUCAGUUGUCAUACACGAUAUCAAUUCAGCAAACAAACCAGAAGGGCUGGACGGGAAUCGGGAGUCAAACAAAGAUGGGGUCAAAUAUGCAAAGUCAAAGGAAGCAAUCACUGAACACACCACAGCAACCUCGAGUUCAAAGAGCUAGUCUCCGCUGGUAGGGGGAAAAGGGCGGCUUUCUCACGCAGAGCAACCAGAUCCGGAAACGAUUAAUCAGAUGACAACCGGAUGGAAGAAACACACGCAAAAGCACCAGAUGUAAACAACUUACUCCUGGGGUCGUAACACUUGUUUCCACAAAAGGAGUUCGCAUAAACUACUUUUUUUAAAUCGUUUUUGUUCCCCCCGCUGACAUACUUAUAUUUCUUAAUGAGUGAAUGGAAGCUCCUUUUCAUAUUAAUGGCAGUGAUCGUUCUAGAAUACUGAAAGGUACUUGUCUCACGUAAAGGUGAAUGAAUGUGGUGUAAUGGCAGGGUUUGUUAGAUUGAAUGUAAUUUAGUGUACUGUACGUGCUGCGGGUUUUGUCUUAAGAGUCGAGCAUUCCAGAGUCCCCUGUGUUUCUCAAGUCGACUAUGCACUGAACUGAUGUAGAACUACUAAGUCCUUUCCUUGGAAACGCACAAAAGAGUACCAGCCUUACUGUGUAUUGUCUUUUUAAAAAUAAACUGCUUUUGUCAACGACAAAAAAAAAAA